CGCUCAGCCUUAUGAUUGUAUUGUGUCCGGAAUGUAGGCGAAUGGAAUGCCCGAAAGUAACUUAAACUGGAUCAUGGAUCAGCAAGGCCAAGCCAGCCAGGAUGUUGAUUCACAGCUUCCUUUCGGCUCUCGGGUACCUAACAAGCCAGCCCACCCGUAGUUAGAAUUACCGGAGAUUUAAAGCCUAGCCUGUUUUUGUAAAUCGCCUUUUUCCAAUACAAAGUUACAUUCUAACGUGCAGAUAACGCCCGCUGUUAUAGUCCACCAUACAGCAAACAAAUUCACUAAUCAAGCCCGUAUUUUAAACAGGACUGUAUCGUAAAUUGUCAUACAGAUACUUGCAAGUAUCUCGAGAAGUUUCCCCCCCCCCCAAAAAAAUUCACCUUACAAAUUAAUUUAGUCAUUUUCUGUAGUUAUUGAAGGACAGAAAUAGCAUUUAUGACUGUAUUACUUUAGAUUAUUUUUGUAUAUAUUUGAAAUAUUUGCAUUAUUUUGCUUUUGUGCCUAAAAGUGGAUGAUGCCACACCCCCUCGAUGUCCAGUGCCAUUUGCAUCUGUGUCAACUUUUUUAUGUUUUCUUGUGGAUUUUUAUCUUUUUAAUACAAUCUAGAUAAUGACAUCAGAUAGACUGACUACCUUAUAAUUAAACUAAAAUAUGCAGCUUUUUAACAUUUUUAAACCUGCCAAGUUCAAUCUAGGCUUGCAGGGGGGCUGGUUGUUCAAGUUAAUCUUAACUUGAAACAAGACGUUGCAGUUUAUAGUAGCACAAAAAGCAAGGUGCUUAAGUAAAGUAUUCGGCUUAAGAGAUCAAAAGGUCUUUGACUACAGUUUAAGUGAAUCUUGCUGAUAUAGGGGUCCCAUUUGACCAAACCUUGGAACAUUCCAGUUGGAAAUUACAUAGACAGAAAGUUCUCCUGUGCCUGGAACAUUUCUUACAAAUGCUGAACAAGACGCCUCACGCACUGUGCUCUCCGAUUGAAGAUGAUGUCAUUUGGAAGCGAUUUAUGUGCUGUCUAAAGCAUGAAGAUGGACAAUCACCGUCUGCAUCAAUUAACAGUGAAAUCCUUCCAGAUUCUCUUUGCAUGCAGUUUUUAAGAGCACCACUUGUUGUUUUAGAUGAUAAUUUUUACUACCCGAGUAUGCGAUAUGAGGUUUUCCAGCUUGCAAGAAAAUAUUGCUUAGGUUUCUGUCAAAUACAUUUGGACUGCCCUUUGGAAUUGUGUCUGAGAAGAAAUCGGCAUAGAGCAACUCCAUUGCCUGAUGAUGUUAUCAUCGCCAUGUCAAACAGAAUUGAAUCUCCGAAUCCAAACAAAAAUUCAUGGGAGAAGAAUAGCUUGGUGGUGACCACAAUGGACUUUAUUAAGGAUAAAGAUAUAAAUACUAUAAUGGCAUUAUUUGAAAAUGCCAUGAACAAUCCACCAUUACCACAUGAAGAUGAUGCAGGACAAAAGGAAGCAGAUCGUAUAUGCUGUGCCUCCAGCCUUGUUCACCAAACUGAUCGGGCAUUGCGUCAUGUGGUAUCCCAGGCUAUGAAGACAGCUAAAGGUAACCAAGCAUCUUCACGAAAUCUGAGAUCUCUUGCUGAACAACUUCACAAAUUAAAAGAAAGCCUUUUGGAUGAUCUAAGACAUGGACACUUAAGAGGCAGGGGGGUCAACCUGAGAUCUAUGGAUGAAGUGGUGAUAGAGGCUACUGAUAUGUUUGAACGAGAAACAAUGAACAUUGUAAGCAGAGACUGACAUUUCAGAAUUGUUUUUUCUCCAUGCUGUGUGUUUCCCUAUAUAUUUGACUGGAACUACAAACCAAGGAAGGAUGCACAAUACCGUACAUCUAUGCACUAGUCCUGUUUAAGGCAUGCCAGCUUGACUGGCUGUAAGGUCAACAAGGAAGUAGCUGGCAUUGAGAAGAGAUGCAGUACUUUUUUGAAAUACUUUUAAUUUUGGGCAAAUAAACAAUUAUGGAUGCAAAGUAGACAAUGACUUUGAUUUAAAAAGUUGGUCUGGAAAUGAGAGAAGUGGGAAAAAUAGUGUCCAUAAAUGGAUGUAUGGCCACUAUAAAAACUGGAUGAAUUAAAAAGAUACCACAUA